AAGUUUAAAAUGUCUAAAUUAAAUGUAAAAACGCAUUGACUGGUUUAGUUUAGAUAUAGUUCUAUUUCACGCCAUGCGGCUGUGGGUUUUUCAGUGAUCACGACUGUAUUCUUCUUCUUUUUUUUUUCCAUUCGGACGUAGGCUGUGUCUCAAAACAUAAUGGGCUUUCCACCUAGACAGCAUUUUGAGCGUCGUAUCCGCGUUCCGAAGGUUCUAUUCAAACAUUUAAAGCGCGCCUAGGAUGCUGUCUCCAGGUAGGCGGCUCACUAGGUUUUGUGACACAAGCGUAAUGUUGGGGUUUUAUUACAUCCAAGACGCGUCUGUUGUUUUUACUCGACACAGGAUUAGGGAAAUGAGUUCAAAUGUUUCCGUUUAACAACAUAACAUGCUCCAGCCGAACUGUAUGAGGCAACCGGUCCCUAAGUUCCUCGUAAAGUGGAGGAGUUUAAUGGAAAGGGACAGACGUGGAAAAUGCUUGCUCAUCCUUUAUCAGCAAAACCCAAUGAGUCAGCAGAGAUUGCGCCACACACGCUUAUGACUUGACUAGGUCAAAUUCUCAGUACACGGUUGAGAUAAGGAGCUCCCGCUGGCAAGCACACAUUAACUCAGCAUGUCGGUGGAAAACUCCAAGUCGUUUAAGUUCACCUUCCAGUCGUCUGUGCACAGUUCCCACAUUCUGCAAUGUCUGAAUGAGCAGAGGAAGAAAGAUCUUCUGUGUGACGUGACAGUUGUGGCAGAGACCCAGAGUUAUCGGGCCCAUGGGGCAGUUCUGGCGUCCUGCAGUGAUUAUUUCAGCACUCGUUUGUCCAGUCAUACACCUGAAGGAAUUAUCAUCAACCUUCCUGAUGAGGUUACCUCAGAGGGAUUUGAACCCUUGCUGGACUUUGCCUACACUUCAAAACUCAUCUUCACCAAAGAGAACGUGCUGGAAAUCCGUAACUGUGCCUCUGUUCUUGGUUUCAAGAACUUGGACAAAGCCUGCUUUGACUUCCUUCUCCCCAAGUUCUUUGACAGCAGCCGAAGUGCACCCAAAGUCCAGAGGAAAUGCUGCAAAACAAAAUGCUGUAAAUCACGUGGGGCUGAAUUGAGCUCGAUUGAUGGGGAUGAUGUUAUUGAUGAAGACAAAUCAUUACCUCAGCCCUCGCAGCUUCAGCUUGAAGUCAAAGAACCAUCUUUUCUUCCUUCGGUGGCCAUUGAGGACGUUGGAAAAAGCUGUCACAGCCAGAAAGACACAGAUUACUCCCUUCUGUGCCCAAAGUACCGGAAGUUUCAAAUAGCUUGUGGGAAGGAGCGAUCCUGUCUGGAUGUUUGCGACUCAAAACCCAUGUCCAUUGACAAGACAGAAGACUGUCCUUUAAGCUGCCUACCUUGCUCAAGCAAUGAAGAUGGCAAGGAGAUCUUAUCAUGCGAUAAGACACCUCUCAUUGGCGAUGAAGAUUCUCUUCUGCCUGAAUGUUGUCCCCUGGAUCCUGGAUCUUGCACAGGCCAGCCAUCAUUUCCAAUCUGUAAUGAGUCUGCACAAUCCAUUUGUGACUCUGAAAAAUGGGGAAUGUCUCCUCGCUCAGGACCAGAGGAUGUUGUGAGGCCAUACAUGGAGCUCAGAGCUGACCGAUGCAAUGAACAGAGGAGCAUGGAGGAAAUAGAGGUGGCCAAACAGCUCACAUUCUGGCCGGAUUCUUGUCAGGCGUCUCGCUCUGGCCUGGGCUUGGUGGAGAAACCCUUGAAUCUCAACUGUCUGAAAAGCUGCCACCCAGAUCCCAGAGCAGUGGAGUGUCCGUUCCUGCAGAACUUUGGUGCGGUGGGUGCUCAUCUGCACGAUGGAGAGGGGGGACCCACGUCACAGGGCAGUCCAUACAUGCCCUCCAACCAAUCAGGGGAGGACUCUGAUAGCUUUGACACAGAGGGGGACAGUGAGUCUUACAGCAGUGAACGAGUGUGUGAGAUGGCGCUGCCGCUCUCUGUAGAUCAGAUCGUGUCUCUGAGCAGGAAUGACUUCCAGCAGAUGCUGAAGCAGCAGUGCUUCACACGGGAGCAGCUCGACGUUGUGCAUGACAUCCGCAGACGGAGCAAAAACCGGAUUGCAGCCCGGCGCUGCCGCAAGCGAAAACUUGACUGUAUACACAACCUGGAGUGUGAAAUCGAGAAACUGAGGAGUGAGCGAGAGAAGCUGACAACUGAAAGGAUAAAGCUGAAUCAGAUGAAGAUGAAGGCCUGGCAGAGUUACUCAGGCCUGUACGAGAGGGUUUGUACUGAAGCCGCCCUCAGACCCGAGCAGCUUCAGGUGCUGGCCAAAUAUUCCUCUCCAGACUGCCCGCUGUCUGCCUUCCUGUGCCCCUCUCCAGACCUUUCUCAGAGUCCCCAGGCUUCAGACCUCUCCACACACACCUGUUGCUCUGGAGCCAAACCACCAGUUAGUUUCUCAAUGAAAAAUACUUUUGCACAAUCAAGCUCACAGAACCGGUUACCUCUUGGGGUCGCAGAAGCUCAGUCACACACCUGUCCUCUUGAUGCCUCGCCAUUGGAGUGUAGUUCAAUGGUGAAACUAGCCACUGAUCUGCUCAUCAGUGACCAUGAAACAGACAAAUUGCAAAAUUAAAUGUGUUGGUUGAAGGAAGGACCAUAGAAAAUCACUGAAGGACUUAAAUUACUCACUAAAGGUGCAUUUAACAAACGUGACAUCACUACUGUCCUCGUCUGAUCGUAGGUUGUACGUUAUAUUUUAUUUUUUUACUCAAACUCUUUAAGCAUUAGCAUUAAGUUUGUAUUGGUCAGUGUUCAGUGAAGUAUUCCUUUACCUAAAACGAUCAUUUUUAACACACGUGUCCCCGAACAUCCUCACAUUCUUAUGGAAUCAAUCAACCUCAAUUCACAGGAUCAUUUUUGGACUUACAACACAACAAACCUCAUCUCACAGCUCAAUAAUAACCUUUUUUCUUCUCAGGUGACAUAAAGCUAUUGGACUAAACUGUACUGUAAUCUGUUUUCACUGAAACUGUGACACUCAAAAUGUCUCGAAACGCUGGAAGAGACCAUUGAAUCUGGGAAUCAAAUUCUCAGGUGUUCAGUACUGCACAUACUGUAGUUUCACUAAUGUUUUUUUUCUCCCUCCAUCAGUUGUGGCAGCAGGGAAAUCCAUUUGUAAGCAAAAACGGUUUCAUUAUAUGUUGCCUUAAAUAAAAAUCUGAUCUUUUUUUCUUUUUAAAUUUAAUGUGAUAACACUUUAAUUAUUCCGCUCUAAUGUUUUGCUUGGGACCAAAUUAUCCUCUCUUCAGAAAGCUUGUUAAUAAAUGACUUUAAAAAUGUGUACAUUUGAAAUAGACUUGUUUUUCUUUUAAUUAGUUAAUUUUGUAAAUAUCUUUUAUUUGAAUUAUUUUAAUAAAAUAAAUCCUGUGUUGUUUGUUGUGUAUAUAUAUGCAACUAACUAAAAAAGUCUGAGUUUAGCUAUAAAAAAAAAUAAAAAAUAAACUAACAAUAACAGAAGCACAGAAAGCACAAGAUUAGCUAAUAUUAAAAUGAAUACUAAAUAUUAAAAUAAAAGCUAAUUCAAAAUGUUAAUGAGUACUAUACUAGAAUAUAAAUAAAAAUAAACGUUAUUAUAUAUUAUAUUGUUAUAUACAAAUGUUUGGCUGCGUGUCGUGUGAUUAU